UAUAAUAUUUUGACCGAUUGCAGUCAACUGCAAUAAUUUUAAUAAUGUUUUUAUUUACAAUAGAUUUUCUUAAAAAUGCCGUAGUAUUUAUUCCACUCUCUUUUAUUAUUUACAUAGUGGUGAAACGAAACUUAAAAAUUGCAUCACAAAAUGUGAUAAGUAUCGAAUCGGAGGAGAGCUGCAUACCAGAAAUACUAUACUUUGAAAGUAUGUCCACUGAAGAUAAGUUAAAAAAAAUCGAUAACGAACUUCGUAAAAUUGAAAAAUAUUUAACACCUGAAAAAGUGUUAAACGUUUCACAUAAAUGUCUGACGGAAAUUCAACUGCUGAAACUCAAAAUCUGUAAAUCGUAUCAGUUCGAACAGGUCGAACUCGAUAACGCGAUCUCAUGGCUAGAAAAACCUGCGGAAACUCGUGGUAAAUAUAGAACGGUAGCUCGCGAGGAAGACAAAAUCGAGAGCCACGAAAUUGAUGACGUAAAGAGAGUUAUUAAACGAUUGAUUGCGAAGAGAGCGUCCGACGGUGUAUCGAUGAUAGACGCUGCGGAAAAUUCGGCUGACACCGAUGAUGUGGCAGAAGUCGAGAAUAAAUAUGAAACCGACGGCGAUAACGUUACGCCUCAAAACUCUUCUUCGGAAGCAAUCGAAAGGGAAACGGUCAAAAUUCCGGACGUAAAUUUAGAGAAAAUAUUAGAGGUUAGGAAUAUGUUUGAUCGGUUAUUGCCCAUCGCGAAAACGUGGUCGCUAAAACUGUUUGACGAUAUGUUGGCGACGAUAAAAAUGGUGUACGUGACGUUGAUGCUCAUCCGUCGUUCGAUAUUCAACCAGAACAGUUGGACGAAUACGAUAAACCCAGCGGCGUCCAAACUGUCGAAGAAAUUGAUUUUCAUCCAGACCAAUGUCAACGACGACGACGGCGUGACGUCCAUAGAUGUAUCGUUAUUACCGACUCUUCUGGGUUCAUCCUUGCCGCAAGUGCAGCGCGCCGGCCCGACGGGAUAUUUUGCCAGGUUCACUGCGGCUGCAAAACGGAUGGCAGGACGACUGUUUGGCAUUCAAUCCUGAUAGAAAAGAACAAUAUUGUUUGAUGAAUAUUGCAGUGAAUUAAGGUGAAGGUUGGUGAUAUGACCAGUCCAGCACGGCGAUCUGUUCUAUACAGCCACACCCCACACCAAACAAACUCGGAAAAACCUGAAAUAAGAAUAUAGACGCACUUAUUUGUUGUUAACUUUAAUCUUUAGACAAAAAUCAAUUGUUUGACAGUCUGCAGGAUUCCGCUGUAGGGUUUGUUGUAUUUUUCCAAUUUAUUGUCCUGGUUGAAUAUAUCUAACAACGAAUAACCCUACAUAUCACCUACACCACUUUAAUAAUCGUCUCUAACACAUUAAAUAAAUAAUAUUAAACAUAUCAUCAAACAGUUUUAGGAACCAUAUUUUCAAAACAGGCAAAAACCGAUUAAACCUAUGCCCAAUCCCUAAUAUGUUUUCUACAUUUACGUCCGGAAAAUUGAUUAUCUCCGAUUGAUUUUAUUGAGAAUUGAGAUAACUGUUUGUAGCUCGCGUUGGAUUCAUUGUGAAUUUCUCCAAUGCUAUACGUGACCGCCAAAUUUCCCACAGUGUCUCUUGAUUGUCGGACGCUCGAUCUUUAAUUAAUCGUAUUUAAUACAUUCCUUAUUAAGACAUUAAUAUUGUGACUCCCGAUUUCGUCUUCGUCGUCGAGGUAUAUAGGUACCGUGAUUUAUACUUACCACGAGUAGGUUUUUCUAGCCACGAGAUCAUGUUAUUGAGUGCGACUUAUCGUUCAAUCUGAUAACUAUAAUAAUCGUUUUACUGAUUUUGUGAUCUAGUUGUUGAAUUCCCGUUAAACAUUAAUGGAAACCGAUCGACGAUUUUUCGGUGGUAUACAUUUUUCAAUUGUAUAAAGUCCGUUGACAAGUUUUUUUUUAAACUUAUCCUCAGGAGACAUACUUUCAAAGUAGGUAUGCCUCGAUUACUUCCGGUAUGCAGGUCUCAGCCGAUUCGAAUUUUAUUACAUUUUCUGGUUCAAUGAUAAGAACUUAACAUUUUUUUUUUAUUGUAUACAUAGGUAAAACUAAAUUAUUUUAAAAUUUCA